AUGGCUCCAAACUCAGUGGCAGUAACAAUGGAGAAGCCAGACAACUUCUCUUUGCUAGAAAUCAACGGCUCAGAUCCAACCUCCUUCCCCGACAAGCGAAAAUCCAUCAGUCCGAAACAAUUCUCAUGGUUCCUUCUCCUUAAAGCUCAUAGAGUCGUCUCAUGUCUCUCAUGGCUCGUCGCUUCGGUCAAAAAACGAAUCGCUUUCUCCAACAAAAACAUAAACGAAGAAGAAGAUCCCAAAAGCAGAGGCAAACAAAUGUACAGAUUCAUCAAAGCUUGUCUUGUUAUCUCCAUAGUUGCCUUGUCCAUUGAAAUCAUUGCUCAUUUCAAGAAAUGGAAUCUUGAUCUCAUAAACCGACCGUCUUGGGAAGUUUUCGGGCUUGUGGAAUGGUCUUACAUGGCUUGGCUCUCGUUUCGAUCCGAUUACAUCGCUCCAAUUGUCAUCACUCUCUCCAAAUUCUGCACUGUCCUCUUCUUGAUUCAGUCUCUUGAUCGGUUAGUCCUCUGCCUUGGUUGCUUCUGGAUCAAAUAUAAAGGAAUCCAACCAAAAAUCAAAGACGAUGAUCUCGAUUUGGAAGAAGCAUCCAAAUAUUUCCCAAUGGUCCUUAUUCAGAUCCCAAUGUGCAACGAACGAGCAGCUUCGCAGCUUGAUUGGCCAAAGGAUAGGAUCUUGAUUCAAGUUUUAGACGAUUCGGACGAUCCGAAUUUACAGCUUUUGAUCAAGGAAGAAGUAUCGGCUUGGGCGGAGAAAGGAGUGAACAUAAUUUACAGGCAUAGGUUGAUCAGAACUGGUUACAAAGCUGGGAAUCUAAAAUCGGCAAUGACUUGUGAUUAUGUGAAAGAUUAUGAGUUUGUUACAAUCUUCGAUGCAGAUUUUCAACCUAAUCCUGAUUUCCUCAAGAAGACUAUUCCUCAUUUCAAGGGGAAUCCAGAGCUAGGAUUAGUCCAAGCAAGAUGGUCAUUCGUAAACAAAGACGAGAAUCUCCUCACGAGGCUACAAAACAUAAACUUAUGUUUCCAUUUCGAAGUAGAACAGCAAGUGAACGGUGUGUUUCUCAACUUCUUCGGUUUCAAUGGAACCGCGGGAGUCUGGAGAAUCAAAGCAUUGGAAGAAUCCGGCGGAUGGCUCGAGAGAACUACCGUGGAAGAUAUGGAUAUCGCGGUUAGAGCGCAUCUCAACGGUUGGAAAUUCAUUUACCUUAAUGAUGUUGAAGUCACUUGCGAGUUGCCUGAGUCUUAUGAAGCUUACAAGAAACAACAACAUCGUUGGCAUUCCGGUCCUAUGCAACUUUUCCGGUUGUGCCUUCCUUCAAUCAUAAAAUCAAAGAAGGCGAAUUUGAUCUUCCUCUUCUUUCUUCUAAGGAAGCUUAUUCUACCAUUUUACUCUUUCACACUCUUCUGCAUCAUACUUCCAUUAACAAUGUUCAUACCCGAAGCCGAGCUUCCUUUGUGGAUCAUCUGUUACGUUCCAAUCUUCAUUUCGUUUCUCAAUAUCCUCCCAUCACCUAAAUCUUUCCCUUUCUUAAUCCCUUACCUUCUUUUCGAAAACACAAUGUCGAUAACCAAGUUCAAUGCCAUGAUCUCCGGGCUGUUCCAGCUUGGAUCGGCUUACGAGUGGGUUGUGACGAAAAAGACCGGGAGAUCAUCGGAAUCUGACUUGCUAGCGUUUGCUGAAAAGGAAGAGAAGUUGCAUAGGAGAAACUCGGAGUCUGGUUUGGAGCUUUUGAGCAAACUCAAGGAGCAAGAGAUGAAUCUUGUGGAGCAAGAAACCGCGAAGAAGAGCAUUGGAGGGCUUAGGCCGAAAAACAAGAAGAAGGGGAAUAUGGUGUUCAAGAAAGAGCUCGGACUUGCGUUCUUGUUGCUAACCGCAGCUGCAAGGAGCUUUCUAUCGGCGCACGGUCUUCACUUCUACUUCUUGCUGUUUCAGGGACUGUCUUUCUUGGUUGUAGGGUUGGAUUUGAUCGGAGAACAAAUCAACUAG